AUGGAUGCAAUGAUCAAAUCUUCAUGGUCUUUGGCUUUGGAAUCUUCAAAGCUUUCCCCUUCUGAUGCAGAAGAGAUGGACAAAACUUCCGUAUUGGGAGAUGCCAUCACAUACUUGAAACACCUUCAAGAAAGAGUGAAGACGUUGGAAGAACAAGCGAGGAUGCAGACCAUGGAAUCAGCGGUGCUCGUCAAGAGAUCACAAGUCACGGCAGAGGAUGAGAGCUGUACUGAUGGAGAAAGCGGUAGCUACGACGAGCAUCCGCUGCCGGAAAUCGAAGCCAGAGUCUGCAACAACCACAUCCUUCUCAGAGUCCAAUGUGAGAAGCACAAGGGAGUUUUGGUGGAUUUACUCAGCAAAGUGGAGAAACUCAACCUCGCUAUUCUCCACACCAAUGUCGCAACGUUUGGGAGUUUAGCCCUUGAUAUUACCAUCAUUGCAGAUGUAAUAACAAUCUCGAUCCUCAUAAUCGAGUAUGUUAAGAUUUUUCAAUUGGAGUAA